UCCCUGGCGUUGAUAAGUAGGUGUGGACAAAGAAUGUACAACAAAGUGACAAGUGUUAAAAAGUUAUUAUGAUUACUAAAUAUGUGUAGUGCAUCAAGGUAGCGUAAAAGCCAAGGGAGGAGACCAGUCCUUGGCUUUUAAGUUGAAAUUUAGUUUUAAUUAACAGUGUUUUUGUCGGGUUAACUUAACUCUCACUCGUUGUGCUCAAGAUGGCGCAUAACAACUUGGCCCCUAGCGUGAAUUGUUCCUUAGAUGACAUUGACUUGAAUGCAUUGAAGGAUCCGGCUGGCAUAUUUGAACUCAUUGAAGUAGUCGGCAAUGGGACCUAUGGACAAGUUUAUAAGGGCCGCCACACCAAGACCGGCCAGCUGGCGGCGAUCAAAGUUAUGGACGUUACGGAGGACGAAGAAGAAGAAAUCAAGUUGGAAAUCAACGUUUUGAAAAAGUACUCUAACCACCGCAACAUCGCGACAUACUAUGGCGCGUUCAUCAAGAAGUCUCCACCAGGCAAGGACGACCAGCUGUGGUUGGUGAUGGAGUACUGCGGCGCUGGCAGUGUGACUGACCUGGUCAAGAGCACCAAGGGACAGUCACUGAAGGAGGAGUGGAUAGCCUACAUCUGUCGAGAGAUACUGCGCGGCCUGUCUUACCUGCACAGCAACAAGGUCAUACAUCGGGACAUCAAGGGGCAGAAUGUGCUGCUUACGGACAACGCAGAGGUCAAACUGGUGGACUUUGGAGUUUCUGCCCAGUUGGACCGCACUAUCGGACGACGUAACACAUUCAUCGGAACGCCAUACUGGAUGGCCCCCGAGGUGAUCGCCUGUGAUGAGAACCCAGACGCAACUUACGACAACCGGAGCGAUCUGUGGAGUUUAGGAAUUACAGCCCUAGAGAUGGCGGAGUCUCAGCCCCCACUGUGUGACCUGCAUCCCAUGAGGGCGUUGUUCCUCAUCCCCCGCAACCCUCCACCACGACUCAAGUCCAAGAAGUGGGCUAAGAAGUUCCAUGGCUUCAUUGAGACAGUCUUGGUGAAGGACUACCAUCAGCGACCAUACACAGAGCAGCUGUUGAAACAUCCGUUCAUACGAGACCAGCCGACUGAGCGCAAUGUGCGCAUACAGCUCAAGGACCACAUUGACCGCUGCAAGAAGCGCAAACAGGAGAAAGAGCGUGAAGACUACAGAUACAGUGGCAGUGAGAAUGAAGAGGAGGAGCCAGCUAUUGCUGGAGAGCCGAGCAGUAUUGUACAAGCCCCUGGUGACAACACUCUGCGUAGGAACUUUCAACAGAUACAGGAGGGAAGAACUUUGACACAGAACGAGUCUAAAGAAGACAACCACGGCCGCAAGAAAGGAGAGCGAGAAGAAAUACCAGAACCUGGUCCUCCUGCCCGGCCUCCCAUACCUCCUCAGAGGCUUAUAGUGGUGCCGGACCCCCACCCUCCAUCUCGACCCCUACCCCCGCCUCCUAGAGAGGAACGUCAACAGAAACCAGGACCUCCUACACAAGCACAACCUUCGUCUCAGCAGCAGCGCAACUCACAUGUCUUCAAACCCAUGCUGCCACCGAGAAGACCAGAGGAUCUAGACAUGCUGGCAGCUCAACUGAACGAGCUAGGUGUACGAGGCAGUGGUGGAGGUGGAGGAGGUGGUGGGGGAGGGGGCAGCAGACAGAACGGAGCUACCAGGCCCCCCGCCACCUCUGUGUUGGACUCGGACAGUGACGAUAGUGAUGAGGAGGAGGAAGAGGGAGGAGCCGGGCCAGGCAGACAGGCCAAUGACGGCACACUGCUGGCCAGCGACCCUCCUAAGCCUCUCCCGGAAUUUUCUCCUUACAGGCCGGCUGAUGCAGCUCAGAGCGGGUUGAUCCAUGAAGUGAAACCUCCUGUGACCAGCGGAGGAGCCCCCAACCGGCCCCUACCUCCCACCCCCGAUGAAGAGGAGAGUGGGGACCGAACUUUGGUCAUGAGAAGGAGACAAAAACAGGAGGAGGAGUCGUUGUUGAAGAAGUGGGACCUGACGCACAUCUUGCAACGGCUCGACCGCAUGAAAGGCGACGCCGAGGAAAAGGUGAAGCAGGAAGAGAAGGAGAAGGAAAACGGGCACAAAAGAAACGGCUCUGAUGGUUCUAGAGUGUUCCGUAGGGAAAACUCAGACUUUUUUCUCCCCUCUUCAAGGCACUCAGCCGUAUUUUUAGAGAACAAGAACGUUCGGCAGAACCCGUUCAAUUCUAGUUCUCGACGAGGCUCGGACGUUGCCGGGCUUGUUGGCAAGUACACAAGUCCAAAACCGGGCGAACCGGUUUUGACGGACUUUAGUCUGACCUCUAGUGGGGGUGAGUGGCAGCCAGUGAGGCCGAGACGCGAACGCACGGAGGGAGAUAUAGUGUUGCAGAAGUCCCGACAGGAGCUGCGAGAGAAUCUGGAGGCUCGGAGGAUCGACGUGGAAAUGAGAUUCUCAAGGGAGGCGGAGAGAAUGAGGAAGCGUAAUCCGCGGCCAAUCACUGAGACAGCUACGAGCACGCAAGACAGACAGAACCGUGAGGAGAGACGAGAUUUCCACCGCAUGGACUCUUCUCCUGGACAAUUGGCAACACCUGGCUCCCGCACAAGCUCCGUUUUGCCCGACCUUCUCACACAGACAUCAUCAUCGCCCGGAACGCCAAACCAACGACAGGACAAAUCCACCAGCGAGGAGUAUCGGCAAGCUGUAAAUAAGCCGGCUGGUUAUUCCCUACAGAAGCAGCGUUCGUUCCUGACGUUUGGCUUCAGCGCUGGACAGUCUCGACGGGAGAGCCAUGUCAAUGUCAACGUCACUCCUACGUCACACGACCUCGCCUCUGACACUCCUGAGAUACGCAAGUACAAGAAACGCUUCAACUCUGAGAUCCUGUGUGCUGCUCUGUGGGGUGUGAACCUCCUGAUUGGCACGGAGACGGGCCUGAUGCUGUUGGACCGAAGUGGCCAAGGCAAGGUGUACCAACUAAUCUCUCGUCGCAGGUUCCAACAGAUGGAAGUACUGGAGGGCCAGAACAUCUUGGUCACAGUCAGUGGCAAGAAGAACAGAGUGCGCGUUUACUACCUGUCUUGGCUUAAGAGCAAGAUCCUGCGCACCGAUGGUGUCAGUGAUCAAGUAGAGAGGAGGAACGGAUGGAUCAACGUAGGAGAUCUCCAAGGCGCUGUCCACUUCAGGAUCGUCAAGUAUGAACGUAUCAAGUUCCUGGUCAUCGCACUGAAGGACAGUAUCGAGAUCUACGCCUGGGCCCCCAAACCUUACCACAAGUUUAUGGCAUUCAAGACAUUUGGGGAGCUGACGUACCGACCACUGUUGGUAGACCUGACGGUAGAAGAAGGAACGAGACUGAAAGUAAUUUACGGAUCUGCUGACGGGUUUCAUGCUGUUGACCUCGACUCUGCAUCUGUUUACGAUAUCUACCUGCCAAAACAUACUCAGGGACCUAUUUCACCUCAUUGUAUCGUGGCUCUGCCCAACUCCAACGGCAUGCAGUUGCUCUUGUGUUACGACAAUGAGGGCGUCUAUGUUAACACUUACGGCAAGGUGUCGAAGAACAUAGUGCUGCAGUGGGGAGAGAUGCCCACGUCAGUUGCUUACAUCGGCACAGGUCAGAUCAUGGGCUGGGGCAACAAGGCUAUCGAGAUACGUAGUGUAGAGACUGGCCACCUAGACGGAGUGUUUAUGCACAAGAAAGCACAAAGGCUCAAGUUCCUUUGUGAGAGAAAUGACAAGGUGUUCUUUUCGUCAGCAAAAGGUGGUUCAUCUUGCCAGAUCUACUUCAUGACCCUCAACAAGCCUGGCAUGGCCAACUGGUGAUAUCCCGAAGGUGAUUUUGAUUAGUGCAGUACAUCCAUGGGAGGACAUCUUGUUAGCUGUGUCACUGUUGCUGUGGUUGAGUGUUUAGUUAGUCAUGUUGUCAGAUCGGCCGUUACCUUACCACGAUUUAUAACAGUAAUUGGACUAGUUUGUUUAAACAUAAUCGGUUUCCCAUUAUCUGAGCAGUUUCUUUGUGAGUAAAAAAGUCUCCUAAAAUUUGUUUUCAUCAAAAUCAGUGCAACUCGAUGUCUUUGCUUUAAUUUAAAGUUCUUUGAUGUUUUUACUUAAAACACCCAAAGAGUCUUGUUUACCUUUAUUUCCUUCCUAAGUAUUGAUCUAAUAUUUUUAAGUGAAAGGAUAUAAAAGAGAACUGAACUUCCUUAGAACUUUUCGCUGUGAUUGUGUCUUGUUUCGUCUGAGGUAAGUGGCUGAUGGACUGGCUGGCGAUAGUGGCUGAUAAUUUUGUUUGUAACCUACCAAUCUCAAGGACAACUCAACUUUUGUGAUACACCGCACUCAGUCUCAACACAGAUUUUGAUGGUGCAAUUUUUAUCGGCUAUUAGGUUUAGUAUUUGUAAACGACUGUAUAGAUGUAGAUCUCGUCAGUUUUGUGUUUGGAAUUUUGUUUAGUAUUUUCUCAUCUUUAAGAAAAGAGUAUUGUAAAGUUUCUGAAACCUACAAUACUGACACUUUUUACAUAGACAACUUUGGAUUUGUUUAUAUCAUUCCUGUUUUUUAAUCGACAUUUUGUAUCUUUUGCAAACAAACAGAUUAUGCCGUUUACCCACGUUUUUCUUUUAGUAUUUUAUUGUUGAUUGUGGCUUAAGUUUUGUAAGUUGUGGCUUACUUCAAGACAGAUAUGAUCUAUGGAAACACAAAGAGAAUUGUCACUGUUAAUUUCAAAUAUUUCACGAGUAAAUUAUAACGCAUUCAUAUUCUGAAUUUGUGCCCUAACUGAAUAUUGUUUAAACUCGAUGAUUGAUCUAUUCAAGAAAUUGGUCACAGUCAAGCAAUACAAAAAAAGUGUUGUAACUAAAUUAAAUGGUAUCCAUCAUAAAUACUUUAUUAAGUGUUGCCCUCUUUUUUCAUAAUUUGUUGUGAUAGGAAAAGUUAUUAGUGUAGUAGUAUUUCAAAUUCAUUUGGUUUUUCUUUUGUGACCAAUCUUUAACUAUUUAGUUUAUUUUCAAUUUAUAAUUGUCAUUGAAAACCACUAAACAUAUUCCAAGUGCAAAUCAUUAGGUAAGCACACACAUACAUAUUUAACUACUGUUUGUUGAAAAUAUAUUGUUUGGAUUUGGUCAAAAACACGAAUAGUCCAUCAUAUCUUGUCGCUACAACUUAGUAGUUUUUUAUAGUUUUAUAUUGUCUUAUUAAUAAUUAUAAAUUGUGUUAUCGCACUAAUAUUUAACGUUGACUUGACCAAUUUAACAUUUUGUAUUGAAUACUCCAAGUUUGUGUUUUUGGCCUUAUGUUUGUUUAUGUAAUAUGUUAGUCUUUCUGAUAAUGUUAUUAUAUAAUUUAUGUUUACACUCCUUAUUUAUGUAAAUACAAUUAUAGCUAUAUUUGAUUUCUAAAAUAUUUUUGUUAUUCUCAUAUUUUUAUCUUUGUUAGUAAUAAAGCAUGACAUUUAUUUAUCUUUGCUUCUAAUUUUUCUUCGAAUUUUCUUAAAAGCUUAUAUACUGCCAUGCAUCUUUCUUGCCUAUCCAUUCCAUACAAGAAAGAAAUCUCCUUUUUAUUCCAAAUUGUCAGUAGAAAGUCGUAGAAACCUUAUACACGUUUUUGUACUAGUUAACAGCAAGACCGCUGUUUCACAGAACACCCUUUGAAAUCAAAAGCAAGAUACCUGUACAUAUGUAAUUUCCAACACGAUUUUGUUGUACAGUACAUGUUCUAUUGUAUAAACCUAUCCUUGUCUAUACCGUAUGUUUAAUAAUAUUGAUAUAUUUUAUGUAUUAACGAUAUAUUUAAUUUGUAAAUUAUUUUAGGUUCUGUAGACGAGAUUUAACUCAGCCUUAGUUAAACUCGAUAUUACAUCUUUGUGCUUAUGUGCGCGAUUUUAUGCUCAAACCAUCUUCAGGAGUUGCCAAAUGCUUAUUUGAAUUGUGUUUCGUAAACUGUAAAGGACACUAAGUCUUACUGUAUUUUUACUUUAAUGGUGUCUAUUAUUUUGAAUUUUCAAAAACCCUAAGGUAUUGUAGCAGUGAAAAUUAAAUUUAUUGUUUUGAGAACAAAAGUUCUAGUCCUUGUUAUCUAUAUACAGUUUAUUUGGAAACAUUUGUUAGAAAGUUGAAGAGAAUUCUCUGUGGAGUACACGGAAAGGUGGCGAACAUGUUGAGUCGUGUCGUCAUUGACAUUUUGAGAAUCACUUAGUCAUGGUAAUUUACUGUUGCUUUUUAUACCUAUUAAAAUAAGAAACUUU